UAGGCUUUCAGCCAUGUUUUCUAAGCUCCUAAUGUUGUUUCUCCUUAUGAGAAUUGCUGCUUCCGAAGGCGACGACGAUUUCAUUUACAACGGAUUCCACCGCAGCGAUAACAUGAGCCUGGACAGUGCGGCGGAGAUCACAUCUAAUGGCCUCCUGCAGCUCACUAAUUCCGCACAUCAAAAAGGUCUUGCCUUCUACCCCAUUCCCCUUCACUUCAAAACUUCACGGGGUGAGAGUCAAUCCUUCUCUACCAAUUUCGUCUUUGCGAUCAUGCCCACGUAUCCAAAUGUCACUAGCUAUGGGGCCGCCUUCGUGAUCUCACCUUCAAAAGAUUUCCCAGGAGCUCAACCGAGCGAAUACAUGGGCAUCUUCAAUCCGAAGAACAUCAGCAAUCCAUCAAAUCACAUAGCUGCCAUCGAGUUCGACACGGUCGGUGAUCCACAAUUCCAUGAUAUCGAUGGCAACCACGUCGGAGUGGACAUCAAUGACUUAGUUUCUAUCAGGUCCGCACCUGCGGCUUACUAUAGUAAUAUAAGCGGCAGGUUUAAGAAUAUAAGCCUUACAAGCGGAGAACCGAUGCAUGUUUGGGUAGAAUACAAUGGUGCCCAAAACCAACUUAAUGUAACAUUAUCUCCUAUCAAAUUACCUAAACCUGAUCGUCCGCUCUUGUCUUUGAUGGUGAAUCUUUCAUCGAUCGUGUUAGACGACGCAUAUAUUGGGUUCUCUUCAUCGACCAGGGCUGCUUCAGUAUCUCAUUACAUCUUGGGCUGGAGCUUUAAGAUGAACGGUCAGGCUCAGGCCCUUGAUCUCUUGCACCUUCCUAAGCUUCCACGGAUAGGACCCAAAAAGAAAUCAGAGUUUUUAACAAUUGGGUUACCCAUAAUUGUGCUAAUUUCCACAUUAGCAAUCAUCUCGGCUGUUGGUCUCAUCAUAAGAAGGAAGAUCAAGUUCGCUGAAGUACUAGAGGACUGGGAACGUGAAUAUGGGACCCAUCGGUUCUCAUACAAGGAUCUAUUCAUGGCCACUAAGGGUUUCACAGACAGAGAGCUCUUGGGGGUCGGAGGUUUUGGGAGGGUUUACCGAGGAGUUUUAUUGACCUCAAAGAUCGAAGUGGCUGUGAAGAGAGUCUCUCAUGAUUCUCGACAAGGGAUACGGGAAUUCAUAUCCGAGAUCAUGAGCCUGGGUCACCUCCGUCACCGGAACUUGGUGCAACUUCUCGGUUACUGCCGGCGAAAGAAAGAGCUACUACUGGUCUACGAUUACAUGCCCAAUGGAAGUCUGGACAAGCUCCUCUUUGACAAUCCAAAUUCAAUGCUGGGCUGGAGUGGACGGUUCCGGGUAAUCAAAGGAGUAGCUUCAGGGCUUCUCUACUUGCAUGAGGAAUGGGAGCAGGUGGUCCUUCACAGAGACAUCAAAGCGAGCAAUGUUUUAUUAGAUAGUGAGAUGAACGGUAGAUUAGGCGACUUUGGCCUUGCCAGAUUGUACGAUCAUGGGACUGAUCCACAGACGACUCGCAUGGUGGGGACCUUCGGAUAUCUUGCACCGGAGCUGACUAGGACCGGCAAGGCCACCACAAGCACUGACGUGUUCGCAUUCGGAGCUUUCAUGCUCGAAGUUGCUUGUGGGAGGGGGCCCAUCGAUUCCUCAUUACCAGGAGAUGAGGAGAUCUUGGUCGAAUGGGUGGCGGGAUGCUGGAGGAGAGGGACAAUACUGGCGGCGGCGGAUCCGAAACUGGUACUUGACUAUGCGGUGGAGGAGAUGGAUUUAGUGCUGAAGCUUGGAUUGCUUUGUUCGCAUCCGUUGUCGGCUGAGAGGCCGAGCAUGCGGCAGGUAAUGCAGUUUUUGGACGGCGAUGCACCUUUACCUGAUCUCUCAUCCGAUGAUUUGGGUGCGGCGAUACUGGAGGUGGGCCAUUAUGAAGGCUUCGAUGAUCUGCACUUAUCAUAUCCUUCUUCUUUGGAACAGGGUUUUGCAAGCACAAGAUCGAUCCAAGAAUCGGUCCUCUCCGGUGGCCGUUGAUGGACGAUGGCAAGGUGUUACACGAUGGUGCGAGUUUGCUACGUUUUAACCAAUCGGUUUGAAAUCAGCUUGAUGAUAGCAAAUCGGAAAUUGGAUUGCCUACCGAGUUACUCAGUACGCUUUUAACGUACUGAGUAAACUCAGUUGGGCUCAAUUUGAACGUAUGUAGUUUAUCCACGCCGUCCA